AUAACUAUGAACAAAAACAAUCUCCAAAUAGUCACAAAUGGGUCAUCUCAGAUCCAAACAACAAAACCUCCCACCAAUCCAUCAUCAUCAUCAACCUCCAUUAACAUUAUUGAAUCGCAGCUUGAAUCCUCCGUACAAACUCUGAUCAAGAACUGGUGCAGAAGGCAAAAAUGGCACAAAUUCCUCAACCCCAAAGAACAAAACCAUGUCAUAAACAAUAACAAAUCACCAUGGAGAACCCACUUGUCAAACUUCCUCGAAUCCACACCGGUUCGAGUAACCGUCAUGUUUCUUCUCCUUUUAGACCUAAUCUUCACCACCCUCGAGCUCUCUUCCUCUCUACUUUCCUGCAAACCAAACAACAUGACCAAAACAGAUAAACAAACAUGGUUCCACUGGGUUGGAAUCUCCAUCCUCGCCAUCGUCUUUUCGAGGACGGCGGGGCUAGCGCUGGGGCUUGGGAGCGAGUUCUUAAGGCGUCCUGGUUAUGUGGUUGAUGGUGUGGUUUUGAUUGGCGCUUUGGUUUUGGAAGCUUUUAUGGAGAAGAAAGGAGGAGGUUUUCUUGUUGUGGUGAGUCUUUGGCGAGUGGUUAGGGUUAUAGAGACUGCGUUUGAGCUGAGUGAUGAAGCCAUUGAAGCUCAGAUUGAAGGUAUAAUUUGUCAGUUUGAGACACUCAGAGAAGAGAAUCGGAGGCUCACGGAAACCAUUGCUGAGAAAGAUAUUAUUAUUUCAGAUCUCAAAGAUGAUUUGGAUAAGUGCAGAUCACAAGCUUGUCACUGUUCCACUUCUUCUUGAGAUCAUAUCUAUUUACAUACACAUGGUCAUGCUAUAAUAGGGAUGUAGUCCAAUUUACAUAAGAAAGAUGUUAAUUCAUAGAUUAUAUUAUAAUUGAAAUUAUAUAUAAUCGGAUAAAUGGUGUCCAUUAUUGUAAGAUAAACUACAUCAUCUAUUAUAUGUAAUCAAGUGUCGAUUACUUAUUUUAUUAUGCUUGA